GCAGAGAUGGGCCACACGUGCCGUGGGACCAUCAACCUGGCCACGGCCAACAUCACCGUGGAGGAUUCCUGCAACUUCAUCAUCUCCAACGGGGGAGCCCAGACCUACCACCUGAAGGCCAGCUCCGAGGUGGAGCGGCAGCGCUGGGUCACAGCCCUCGAGCUGGCCAAGGCCAAAGCUGUCAAGAUGCUGGAGGAGUCAGACGACUCUGGCGACGAGUCAGUGUCACAGACGGACAAGACGGAGCUGCAGAACACCCUCCGGAUUUUAUCCAGCAAAGUGGAGGACCUGAGCACCUGCAAUGACCUGAUUGCCAAGCACGGCACAGCCCUGCAGCGCUCCCUCAGCGAGCUGGAGAGCCUCAAGCUGCCUGCCGAGAGCGGCGAGAAGAUCAAGGCGGUGAACGAGCGAGCGACUCUCUUCCGCAUCACCUCAACUGUUUUCUCGCAGGCCUGCCGGGAUUUCAUGCUGCUGGCGCAGACACAUGGGAAGAAGUGGCAGAAGUCGCUGCAGCAGGAGAGGGAUCAGCGGAUCCGGCUGGAGGAGACGCUGGAGCAGCUGGCGAAGCAGCAUAACCACCUGGAAAGGGCUUUCCGGGGUGCCACAGUCCUCCCUGCCAGCACACCCGGCACUGGUGGAUCCAGCAAAGAUCUGUGCUGCCCUGCCAAAGGUGACUUGAGUGAUGAGGACGAUGACAACAAUGAGUUCUUUGAUGCCCCAGAGAUCUUCCCCAUGCCUGAUGUCAUGGGCCACAAGAGAACUGGGAGCAACAUCAGCGGCACCAGCAGCGACAUCAGCCUGGAUGAGCAGUACAAGCACCAGGUUGAGGACACCAAGAAGGAGAAGAGAACCCGCAUUCCCUACAAACCCAACUACAGCCUCAACCUCUGGAGCAUCAUGAAGAACUGCAUUGGGAAGGAGUUGUCCAAGAUUCCCAUGCCGGUGAACUUCAAUGAGCCACUGUCCAUGCUACAGCGGCUGACAGAAGACCUGGAAUACCAUGAGCUCCUGGAUCAGGCUGCCAAAUGUGAGAAUUCCCUGGAGCAGCUGUGCUACAUCGCCGCCUUCACUGUCUCCUCCUAUUCCACCACCGUCUUCCGCACCAGCAAACCCUUCAACCCGCUCCUGGGGGAAACCUUUGAGCUGGAUAGGCUGGAGGAGAAUGGAUACCGCUCCCUAUGUGAGCAGGUAAGCCACCACCCCCCGGCCGCUGCCCACCACGCCGACUCCAAGCAUGGCUGGACCCUCCGCCAGGAAAUCAAAAUCACCAGCAAAUUCCGAGGGAAAUACCUCUCCAUUAUGCCUCUGGGUACCAUCCAUUGCGUCUUCCAUUCCUCUGGUAACCACUACACAUGGAAAAAAGUGACCACCACUGUGCACAACAUCAUCGUGGGGAAGCUCUGGAUAGACCAGUCAGGUGAAAUUGAGAUCGUCAACCACAAGACAGGUGACAAGUGCAACCUCAAGUUUGUUCCUUACAGCUACUUCUCCCGGGACGUGGCCAGGAAGGUCACUGGGGAGGUGACAGAUCCCUCGGGCAAGGUGCACUUUGUCCUGCUGGGUACCUGGGAUGAGAAGAUGGACUGCUACAAGGUGCAGAUGGGCUCUGGGGACAAUGGAGCCGAGGCUCGGCAGCGAGCCCACGAGUCCGAGGAAUCCCGGAUCCCCCUCUGGAAGCGCAACCCUCUCCCGAAGUAUGCAGAGAACAUGUACUACUUCUCGGAGCUGGCGCUGACCCUGAACGCUCCGGAAAACGGGACAGCCCCC